AUGGCCACCACGACUCCUUGGACCAAGCCCGACACCACCUAUCGCCCAAUCGCGAUCAUCGGCGCCGGCGUGAUGGGCCGACGAAUCGGUAUGAUGUGGGUGGCCGCCGGAUUCGACGUGAUCCUCUGUGAAAAACAGACCAGCGACCACGAUUCCGCCCUCGAAUACAUCAACACCAACCUCGGCACACAAGCCGCCAAAAUGGGAACCAAGCCAGGCACCGUCAGAGUCAUCACCUCGAUGAAAGAAGCAGUCGAAAAGGCCUGGAUGGUCGUCGAGGCCGUCCCCGAGAUCCUCGAGAUGAAAAUCGACAUCAUAGGCCAGGUGGAUCAACUGACUUUGCCGGACUGUAUCAUAGCGACGAAUUCGUCUUCGCUGCGCUCAAGCCAGAUGCUCGUCAAUACGAAGAGGAAUUAUCGCAUCUUGAAUGGUCAUUAUUACAUGCCGCCUGAUCAGCUUUACUUUGAGCUUAUGUCGUGCGGGUAUACCGAUCCGGAUAUUUUCCCGUUUUUGAUGGAGAAGGCUACCGUCGCGGGCUUUAAGCCUGUGCAUGCGCAGAAGGAGUCAACCGGCUUGAUCUUUAAUCGGAUUUGGGCUGGUAUCAAGCGUGAAUGCUUGCUUGUGUUGGCGGAUGGUGUCACUGAUGGCGCGACGAUCGAUGAGAUGUUCAAGUCGUGGUUCCAGGCGAGCAAAGGCCCUUGCCUGAUGAUGGAUACGGUCGGAUUGGAUACCGUUUACAAUAUUGAGAAUGUAUAUGUGAAAGAGCUCCAUACAGAUCCGCGUGCGAAGGAUUGGCUGAAGACUGCGUAUGUGGAUCAGGGUAACUUGGGUGCGAAAUCCGGAAAGGGGCUAUUGGGAUAA